AUGGCUUAUGCUGCUAUAACUUCGCUUAUGAGAACACUUUCUCUACAUUUCUUACAACCACAACCACACUUGCCUCUUCAAUACAAACAAAAAAUAGUUUCUCUCCACGAAAAUCUUGGUUUCCUCCAAGAAGUUCUUGAGAAAUCUGAGAUGGCCUAUGCCUAUGAUAAUUCGGCGAUGAAAGAUUUAGAGUUAGAGAUGAGAGAUGUAGCGUUCAAAGCUGAAGAAAGGAUUGAGAUGGAGUUGACUACCAUAUAUCCAGCAAAGGGUUGGACGAAGCGUGUUGCUUGCCUCCUCAGGCUUCAUGGAAUCUUCAUUCAAGCUGUAAAACAGACUGAUUGCCUCAAGAAGAAGUUGAUUAAUAUUAAAAGUGAAAAGCAGCUUGCAAAGGGUCCAUCACAAGGUGAAAGGAUGCGACAAAGAGGACUACUCCAUGGUUCAACAUCAUCACAACAGCCUGAUCUAGAACGCGAGAAUAAUAUUAUUGUGAGUAAAUUUUCCAAACACGCUUCAAUAAAGUUUGACAGUAAAAUGGUCGGAUGCAACGAGGAGUUCAAGACGAUAAUGGAUCAGCUCACUCGACAAUCAGCAAAGCAGCUACAAGUUGUAUCAAUUGUAGGCAUGGGCGGAAUAGGCAAGACCACUUUAGCUCGGAAAGUCUAUGAAGAUUCAUCAAUUAGUUUUCAUUUUGACAAACGAGCAUGGGUUACUGUAACUCAAGAAUUUAACAUGGAACAAAUGCUCCAAUGCCUUAUUGGUUGUGUUAAUGCAGCAUCAAAUGGCAACUUGGUAGAAAGUCUGCGUAAACACUUGAAAGAUCAGAGAUAUUUGAUAGUAAUGGAUGAUAUAUGGAGCUCUACUGCUUGGAAAAGUGUGCAACGGUGCUUUCCAGAUGAUAAUAAUGGAAGUCGUAUACUAUUGACUUCUCGGCUCAGAGAGGUGGCUGAAUAUGCAAGUUCAGGUAACUCUACCAUUAACAUGCCUUUCUUAGAUGCAAAUAAAAGUUGGAAUCUCUUCUGCAAUGUGUUUGGUAAAACGAAAUUUCUUUCGGUGUUUGAGCAAAUUGGUAGAGGCAUAGUGAACAAAUGUGAAGGAUUACCUCUAGCUAUUAUUGUAGUAGCUAGUCUUCUCUCCAAGACAGAGGCGGUAGUCAAGAAGUGGAAAAAUGUUGCAGAAAACGUGAGUAGAUAUGUAAUUGGUGAUUCUAAUGAUGCAUGUUCCAGAAUACUAUAUUUGAGUUACAACCAAUUACCACACUUAAAAGCUUGUUUUCUAUAUUUUGGAGUUUUUCUGGAAGACUACGGGAUCCAUGUGAAGAAGUUGGUUAGGUUGUGGGCGGCAGAGGGAUUUUUGAGGGCUGUUGAACAUCAAAAUAUGGAGGAAGUGGCCAUGGAAUGCUUGAAAGAUCUUGUUGAUAGAAGUCUUGUUUUUGUUAGCAAACAGAGCUACAAUGGGAAAAUGAAGACAAUAAGAAUGCAUGACCUGUUGCGGGAUUUGUGUUUGAGAGAAGCUCGACAUGAAAAUCUCUUGAAUGUCAUUAGAGAUGAAAAGCUUCCAUUUUUCAAGAAUAAAAUCUCUUGUCGUUGGAUAAGAGCAGCAUCAGGGUUUGAUCUACUUCCUUUGACAAAGUGCUUUCACAAAUCACAUUCCAUACACUCUCCCAACUCUUAUUACUCUGUAAGUGUGGAACGUUUAUUUUCACACUUCAAACUACUAAGAGUAGUAGACAUAGUAUGUAUAUUUUCCUAUGGAUAUGGGGUACUAAAUGCGCUUGCAAAUCUUAUUCAUUUGAGAUACUUAUCUUUGAGGGAUUCAACAAAUGCUUUGCCCGAAUAUUUUGAUUUAGAGCUCUUUGAGCAUUGGAAUAUGCUAAGCUUUAUUGUUCCUAGUGCUCGUGCAACAUUGGAUUUCUCUAAGGCAUCUGGAAUUUGCAAAAUGCCACUAUUAAGGAAUUUUUGCAUUGAACGGAUUGUUUCAUUAGGAAAUUUGUCAGUUGUUCAUAGAAACUUAGAAAGUCUAUCUUGGUUGGAUUCUUGGCUCUGUAAAAAGGAAUUGUUUACAAGAAUUCCGAAUUUAAAAAAAUUGGGGAUUUAUGGUGGAUAUGGCAAUAUAGAUUUUUUUUUAUAG